UCCCCACAAGCAGUGAUGACAGCAAACUGAGAUGACCUGUUCCCCUGGACAUCUGAGACACCCACCCAGGGUCACCCCCUAAAAAAGCCCCAAGCCCAGUAUAUACUGACCACUGGCUACCCCGGUGCUUCUCACCGUCAUUACCAUCGUUUAUCCUCAGGCUGACCCCAGGCAGCCAUCACUCCCAUUUUACAGACAAGAGACGGAGGCUCCAGGAGGCGGAGUGACUGCCCAGGGUCACUCGGUUUGUGAAUGGCCUUGGAACCCAGGUCCACCUGACUCUUAGGACCCUAGGAGAUCUGAGGCCAAACUCCGACCACCACCAGGAGCGGAGACGAUGGCCUCGAAGCCUGAGAAGAGGGUCGCCUCGUCUGUCUUCAUCACGCUGGCACCCCCGCGUCGGGAUGAGGCUGUGGCCGAGGAGGUGAGGCGGGCAGCUUGCGAGGCCCGGCCUGGCCGCUCCCGGGAGCCCCCUGCUCCCACCAAGGCACCCAGGGCUGGCUCGGCAGGGAGGCCCAGCCUUUGGACUCCACCUGCCAAGGCCGCAGCCCCAGGGCCAGCUGUUCCAUCUCAGUUCUCCAAUGGAGGGUGUUCUCCCCCUCCUCCUACCCUGGAUGGCGAGGACGCACUCCCGGACCUGGACCUCCUCCCACCUCCGCCGCCGUCCCCUGAUGAGGAGCCCCCUGCCCCGACGGGGGCCUCCCUCAUUUCGGACUUAGAGCAGCUGCACCUGCCCCCACCCCCGCCCCCACCACAGUCCCUGGAAGAGAGGCCUCCACUCCAGCCUCGGCCCAGUCCCCCCAGGCCCUCGGAAGAGCUGCCGCCUCCCCCAGAAGAGCCUGUUGGCUUCCACGAGAGAGAGGCAUCCACAGACGUCUGUGCCUUCUGCCACAAGACCGUGUCCCCCCGAGAGCUGGCCGUGGAAGCCAUGAAGAGGCAAUACCACGCCCGGUGCUUUACGUGCCGCACCUGUCGCCGCCAGUUGGCCGGGCAGAGCUUCUACCAGAAGGACGGGCGGCCCCUCUGUGAAUCCUGCUACCAGGACACUCUGGAGAAGUGUGGCAAGUGUGGCGAGGUGGUCCGGGAACACAUCAUCAGGGCCCUGGGCCAGGCCUUCCACCCCACCUGCUUCACCUGUGUAACCUGUGCCCGGUGCAUUGGCGACGAGAGCUUUGCCCUGGACAACCAGAAUGAAGUGUACUGCCUGGACGACUUCUAUAGGAAAUUCGCCCCUGUGUGCAGCAUCUGUGAGAACCCCAUCAUCCCUCGAGACGGGAAGGAUGCCUUCAAAAUCGAGUGCAUGGGGAGGAACUUCCAUGAAAAUUGCUACAGGUGCGAGGACUGCAGGACCCUCCUGUCUGUGGAGCCCACAGACCAAGGCUGCUACCCGCUGAACAACCGUCUCUUCUGCAAGCCGUGCCACGUGGAGCGGAGUGCUGCAGGGUGCUGCUGAGGACCCCCACUGGGCCCUGGGGCCGUGAGCUGCCCACUAGCCCUGGACUGGGGGCGGGGGGGGAGGACCUUUCCCGACUCGGUUUGCCUUUCUGACCCACUUUUGCACACUCUCCUUCUGAGCCAUGGCCGGGGCCAGCCUGCAGCUCUGCCCACCAUGUCCGGGACGUGAGGGGCUGAGCCACCCCAGCCCCACCCCCCUCCCAGCUCAAAGGCUGGUGGCCAGUGCCCCUCAGACUUCCCACUCCUCCUUCUGCCCUCUGGGCUCUGGAAGGCUUCCAUACUUUGAACAUCAUGUCCAGGUUUCCCAUCUCCUAGGGUCGUGCCCCUCUCGAGCACUGGCCUUGACCCCCAUUUCCAUGGGUGAGUUGGGGUGAGUCUUUAGAUGACACCCUGUAGCUGUCCAGUAGGGGGCGUAAGACCAGCUCUGGCUUGCCGGACUGAGCUGUUUGAGUAGAACUCCAGGGUCCUCCUUUAACAGCCCUUUUUUAAAAAUUUUGAGAUUUAUAUGAUGAGAAACAUUCUUUGGAUUUGGGGCGAGGUGGGGAUCUUAAUAGGAAAUGUUUCAUAAAUGUACAAGAAUGUGA